AUGGUCAACUCCUGUUGUGGCUCCGUCUGCUCUGAACAGGGCUGUGGCAAGGAGACCUGUUGCUGCCCCAGCUGCUGCCAGACCACCUGCUGCAGGACCACCUGCUGCCGCCCCAGCUGCUGUGUGUCCAGCUGCUGCCAGCCCUCCUGCUGUGGUUCCAGCUGCUGUGGCUCCAGCUGCUGCAGGCCUAGCUGUUGCAUUUCCAGCUGCUGUCGCCCCACCUGCUGUGGAUCCAGCUGCGGUGGCUCCAGCUGCUGUGGCACUAGCUGCUGCCGCCCCUCCUGCUGCAUUUCUAGCUGCUGCCGCCCCUCCUGCUGUGGCUCCAGCUGCGGUGGCUCCAGCUGCUGCCGCCCCUCCUGCUGCUGCCCCUCCUGCUGCCUGCACCCAGUCUGUGGCCAGGUCUCCUGCCACACCACUUGCUAUCGCCCCACCUGUGUCAUCUCCACCUGCCCCCGCCCCAUGUGCUGUGCCUCCUCUUGCUGCUGA